UAGUCGGUCCUCACCCUUUGAGCAGGUCCCGCCUUUGCCCAGCGCAUGCGCCGCGCGGGCGGUAGCUCGAGCCGGUUGCAUGGCGACGGUGAAACACAAACGUUGCCCCGGGAACUGGCGGGGGCGAGCGGCGGUUACGCGCUGUCCCUCAGAGCGAGCCGCAGCGCGGAGGACCUCACAGUUAAAUUCUUUCAGGAUCUUGUUAUUGGACCUUACAAGAAUCAUGCCUCUUCCAGACACCAUGUUUUGUGCUCAGCAGAUUAACAUACCUCCUGAACUCCCAGAUAUUUUGAAACAGUUUACCAAAGCUGCCAUCAGGACUCAACCUCAUGAUGUACUGCAGUGGUCAGCUGGGUAUUUCUCAGCUCUGUCGAAAGGAGAGCCCCUUCCUGUAAAGGACAGGAUUGAAAUGCCAGUAGCAACACAGAAAACAGAUACUGGGCUCACACCAGGCCUCCUUAAAGUUUUGCACAAGCAGCUUUCUCCGAAGGGCCGUGUGAGCAUGAUAGAACUAGAAAAAAAAUGGAAACAUCUAUGUUUGCCAGUGGAGCAGCUGAGAGCCCUUUUACAAUUGGACAACUUCGGUGAAGAGGUGGAAUGGCUGAAAGUUCUAGCACUUGGGUGUAGUAUACUUGGUGGGUCCUUAAUGACUUCUGUGAAGUAUGCCUGUGAAAUUCUAACAACUGAUCCAGAGGGGGGACCUGCUCGUAUUCCAUUUGAUACAUUCUCAUUUAUUUACACAUACCUGGCCAGUAUAGAUGGUGAGAUGCCAGACUACAAAGUUGAAGCUUUCCUCAAUGCUCUUAAGGGACAAGUGGAGCGUAAAGGAGAUCAGGUUGGAGUUUCAGAUUUCUUCAUUCCAUCAAAGAAGGCUUAAGAGAAAGAUGACAAGGAUUUUCUGGAAGUAAAUGCCAUCAAUUCAGAGCAGAACUUUAUUAAAGUCACAUAAAGUUUAGCAUUAGCAGUCACCACAAAAUAUAGACUUUGAUUUACCAAUAUACCAUAUGCAGUGUGAUUUUUAUUUAUGAAAGUUGACUAAGAGAUACAUCUUAGGAUUUAUUUGUUUUCAUAGACGUGUAAUUUUAGCUUUAGAUUUCUGCAAAUAAAUAGAAACUUUUAAUAGAGUUAGUGAUUUAGGACAUUUUCUGAUAUAUUGUGAAACUACAUGUCAGGUAAAAAAAAAAUUGUUUUUCACAGAGAGAUAUUGGUAUCUACCUCCAUAAAUUGAUCAAGAUUCUUCUGUCUGAAGGCCAUAUCAAAGAACUUUAAGGAACUAUGCCAUUCAUUUAUAUUGUAUGUUCUUAUACGCAACUCAUGCCCAGUGGGUGUACCUCAGUGAAGAAAUCAGAUGUCCCAUUUUUUUCAUAUGAUGUCCUAGUGUCCCAAAAACUUCUUUUGGGACGCCUGAAAUAUCCUGUUCUUCAUGCAGUUGUCUACACGUAUUCCACUUGUGGUUCACACGUGCCUCAUGCACAGGAGAUCAGAUUCUUUUGAAUAGCAGUGACUAUUGGGGACAUGCCUGCACAAGUGUACACACACCCCUAUCCCAUCCCGGUCCUAAAGGGUAGAGCAGGCCCACCCAUCCUUCAGUUUCUUUUUACAGCUGUGGCAGUGAGAUGGAACCCUGGAAGUGACCACUUCUCUGCACACUGUGUGAUUCUGUUGCUCUUUUAGUAGUUGUUUCCUUAUUGUUGUUAGGUUACUACAGUUACUGUAGUGUUGUUUAACUCAGGGGCAUUGAGGAUGGAUGGGUACCUGGUGGUCAGUCUGUCCUUCGCUUCUUUCCUCUAGAUGGUCAUCAAAAUUGUAUGGACUUCAUACAAAAAUCAUAUAUGGUUUACAUCACUAUUUCACAUGGAUGUAGCUUCAUACAGAUCUGAAGCUAUCUGCAAUGAAAAUAUGAAAUCAUAUUUCAUAUAGUUUGAAAUAGCAAUUUCAUGUGAAUUUCACAACCCUUAAAGACGUUGCCACAAAAGGGUCCUAGUGUUUGAUUUAGAAAAUAUGGUCACGUUAUACCCAAUUUCUCUAAAUUAUGCCACACUCAAGCACUCAUUGUCAAUUUGUUUAUCUUAAUGCCAAUUCAGCAUUUGUUGUUAUUUAGUAUGAUAGAAGUCCCAGUUUUCUUUGAAUAAUUUUAACUUUAUUGCAGUGAAAAUGCUCAUUGUUACUAAUUACUUGAUUAAAUAAAGUGUAUUGUGACUAAUAGGAAUUGAACACAGCCACCCCAUCUGCCUUAAACUGCAAUACACUUUACUGAAUCCAACUUUGUGUCAAGCAGUCUGUCAUAUGAGAGACUGCAAUGGAGCAUCCUACUAGUUUAUCAGGGAGCUGAGGAACCUAUAAACAUAAUCUUUCAUAUUUAUGAAGCAUGUUUAUCAGCUGGACAGGAGCUGGUAGCAUGCCAGCUCAUAGACUCUGGGAACACACAGUAACAAAAGUAGAAACAUACAGAUGUUCAGGAUUCUGAGACAGAGGGAUGCCAAGGCCUUUGUAUGAUGGUUUAACCAUCUAAAACCUUGUGCAGAAAGCUGAAGACAAAUGUGCAUGGCUCUACAUCACAUUUUAUUUGUACAAUUGGCCACCAGUCCUUUCAGAUAUCCAUUUUAGCCCUUAAUGCCUGAACUAUCACUUCUGCAAUAAAUUGAGUAAUAAAUAACAUGUACAAUGGUAACACGUGGGUCUUAGGGCUUUAUUGAGCUCAUAACUGCUUUGACACCAGCAAUGGGUAAAAAUGCUUUCUUUUCAUCUAAAGCUUCCUACAAGAUGGUGCUUAUUUCACUCACAUGUAGACCUAUCCAUAAUGGAAUGGUGGAGAGGGGUGGUUAUGCCUUUCUCUGAACCAUUCAGCAUUGGUCACUGCUAGAGAUACUAGACUCAGUUGACAGUUCCUAUUGUGUAUUCCAAAACAUCACAGCUCAUACUGUCGGGGGUUGAGAAAAUAAAGACACCUUUUACUUUGAAACUAAGAAACCACAUGUACACUCACCCAAAGCCCUCUUGCCUUCUGGGGAAACGUCGCUAUUGGAGGAGGGUGGCUUUUCUGUGCAGUGGAGGCACAGCACAGCACAGUUCCCUUCAUCUGACUGAGAGGAGAGGACAAUAAUGCUUAGCUCUUCCAUGGUGCUUUUCUUCUGCAGCCAGUGUUUCAUUGUGACGUGUGAAGAUUAAGAAACAGUAUUUUAAAAUGUUCUGAGUAUGAUUGUUCUU